AUGACACCCGCUGAAGUUACUCGGUUAAUCAUGUUUCUGUUUGAUGCUUCGGAAAAUGACGAAAUCAGUUCUUCCCAGCUAAGCGAGCCAGCUUCUGGAAUUAUUGCAGAGGACUACUCGGUGGACCAUGAUAACUCUCUGACUUCCGCUUUCCGUAGUCGCAAUCCUCUGUUUGGAACAUCUAGGCCAUCUAGUUCGAGCUCUGAUACUUUGAAAACCCUCAAAGGACCAACAAGCCAAAAUAACCAUACAACACCAUCACUGAAUACAUCUGUCGAACGUGAAUCCCGUAAAACUGGUUUGUCGUUAACCGAACUACAGAAAGCUAUUGAAAUGGGGAGGAAAAAUGGAGAGUGGUCCUGUCUUAUAAGUUUAUUAAAUUCAGUUUUCAGUUCGUAUGAUGCAUUAUCAAGUAGCUUCUUACAUGAAUUAUGUGGGGUUAGAUCAGGAAAGCAAUCCAAAAAGGAUAAAAAAACCACAGACGUCUCAGACUCAUCACUGUGUUGCACCAGUGCCAAAACACUAAAAGAUUACAAUGAAGUUAUUCCGCCAACUGUAAAUAAUUCUGAUGGCUCGGUUGACAACAUAAUAGAAUCUUCUUGGGUCGAAGGUAUGACUAGUAUCUCAACAGAUUUUCCUGUUUAUCAAAAUGAUGUAGAAAUGGAUGAUCAACAAGUGAACACUUUGAACUCUAUUGAAAUUAUUGAAAAAUCAGAAAACAAUAUGUAUUGGCCAUCUGUUAAUCUUAAUGAUUUACGUAAAGCUUGGUCUAUGAUUGUAUCUAUACCUGAACGUCAAAAUAUUGUAGAUACACUAAUGAGAGCUGUUCGUCGUUUGGUUGUGAUCAGUUUACAUCAACUUUUAGUUAUUCAACCACCUGAUGGAUUAGACGAUAAUCAACCAACUACUGAAAUAGCUAUUAUUCAGCAACGUUUAGUGAAUCUUUUUAUUAUUCUUUAUGAAUGUCCAUUUGCAACAGAUCCUUUACAUUUUGAGCUUUUAUUGUUAAAUAUUAAUCGUGCUGUAACUUGGCUUCCAAACACAAUACAAGUUAUGUUAUGUCGAUCAUGGGCUAAUUCUGUACACACACCAUUAGCUAAUUGUACAGAACCACCAAAUCCAGAACAAACUAAUUUAUGGUGUCUACAAAAAAUUCUAUUACAUCAUAUUACUUUACGUUGUUUAACUACAGAUCAUGGUUUGCCAAAUGAAGAUAAACAGAUUUGUGAAGCCGCACUAGUAUUACGUAUUGUUUACUAUGCUAGUCUAUUGGCUGGUCAAAUGGAUUCACCUGAAUUAUUAGAAAUGGAAGCUGAAGAGAAUAGAUUAUUUGAACAACAAAUGCGUGCUCAUAUUGGACCUACUUAUGAAAGACGUUCUCGUGUUAGUUUACCUGAAGAUCCAUUUGCUAAAGCGCUGAAUAUUUCUCCUAAUGAUUGUCGUACACCAUUUAUUCCAGUUAAAGAUUUUGUAAAUGAAACACUCAAUGAUGGCCUACAGCCAAAAAAAGAUUAUAUUUAUUAUCGUUCAAAAGGUAUAUCAAAUGAGUUAAGCUUUAUGAAAUUACCAUUUCUGUUACAAACUAGUUCGAAAUCUGUUCUAUUGUAUUAUGAUAAUCGUAUGCGUAUGCUAGAUGAACGUCGAGGUGUUCUGAUGCAUACUUUUCUCAUGGAUACACCUGAAAUGCCUUUCUUUAAACUGCGUGUUCAUCGGGAUAGAAUCGUUGAAGAUGCUUUGUUAAUUUUGGAAAUUGCUUGUAUGGAAAAUCCGGGUGAUUUUAAAAAACAACUUCUCAUCGAAUUUGAUGGUGAACAAGGAAUCGAUGAAGGUGGACUUAGUAAAGAAUUUUUUCAACUGAUCAUUGAACGUAUUUUUAAUCCAGACUAUGGUAUGUUUGUACUGGAUGAAGAAACUCAAAAUUAUUGGUUUAAUCCAGUUCCUCUGGACGAUAUGGAACGUGAAUAUUGUUUAAUUGGGACUUUAUUGGGUUUAGCAAUUUAUAAUGAUGUUAUAUUGGAUAUUAAUUUCCCGUCAGUGUUGUAUCGAAAAUUAGUUGGAAAAUUGGGUACAUUUGAAGAUCUAUUUGAUGCUAGACCUAGUUUAGCCCAAGGAUUAAAAAGUUUGUUGGAAUAUGAAUAUGAUGAUAUUGAAAACGUAUUCGGUUGUUCAUUCGCUGUCAAUUACCUUGAUCCAUUCGGUAAUGUUAUUACACAUGAAUUAAAACCGGAUGGAGCUAAAAUUCCGGUUACAAAAGAAAAUCGUAAAGAAUAUGUAGAUUUGUAUUCAAGUUUCUUGUUGAAUGAUUCGGUUAAAAAACAAUUCAAUGCUUUUCGAAGAGGUUUUCAAAUGGUUGUUGAUGAAAGCCCAUUAACAUUUUUAUUUCGUCCAGAUGAAUUAGAGCUACUUGUUCGUGGAAGCCCAGUAUAUGAUUUUAAUGAAUUAGAAAGAGUCACUACAUAUGAAGAAUAUACAUCUGAUUCAACUGUAAUUAAAAAUUUCUGGUCUAUAGUACAUUCAAUGACUAAAGAACAAAAAAAACAAUUAUUACAAUUUUCUACUGGUUCUGAUCGUGUACCAGUUGGUGGUAUGUCAAAAAUGAAAUUUACUAUAGCACGUCAAGGUUCUGAUACUAAUAGAUUACCAUCUGCUCAUACUUGUUUCAACAUUCUUUUAUUGCCGGAAUAUCAAAGUUUGGAAAAAUUACAACAAUCAUUAUUACUGGCGAUAACACAUUGUAAAGGAUUUGGAAUGUCAUAAAUCCAUCUUGUCUUCUCCUUCUUUCUCCUUAUCCUUUCCACAACUUCGUUUUAUCAUUGGUGGACUACUUUCUUCCUUCUUCUUUUUUCGAUUUCCUAUAGUUUAUCUUUUUUGGUUACUUACGGAAUUUCUC